AUGUCCUCCUCUCUCAUGGCCAGCCCCACCGAUCGCUCACGUGACUCCCACCGCCUGAAGAAGAAGAAGAAAACCCCCGCCAAGCCCCUCCCCCAACACGACCACUCCCACUCCAGAUGGAAAACCCACGCGCAGCACCACCUAUAUUCCUCCAAGCUCCACCAGGCCCUCGCGCAUGUCAACAUCUCCGCCGACGCGCCGCACCGUGGCAGGGCCGUCCGCGAGGCCGCCGACAGAGUCCUCGCCGCCGCCGCCCGCGGGAGGACGCGCUGGAGCCGCGCCAUCCUCACCAACCGCCUCAAGCUCAAGUUCAGGAAGACCCCGCACAAGCGACCCAAGGUCGUUGGGCCGGCCCGGCCCAAGAAGCCCCGCUUCAGCGUCCUCCGGCUCAAGGGAAAAACCCUUCCCGCGGUUCAGCGCAAAGUUAGAGUCCUGGGCCGGUUGGUCCCCGGUUGCAGAAAAGAACCGCUUCCGAUCAUUCUCGAAGAAGCCAUCGAUUACAUACCCGCGCUUGAGAUGCAGGUUCGCGCCAUGGCCGCUCUCGCUGACUUACUCCUCGGCUCCUCUUCUUCCUCCUCCUCCGCCGCCGCCGAAUCCACCUCCGCGCCGCCGAGUUGA